CCCUUCCUCCCGGCCCCGCCGCCGCCCCGGCCGGCUCCGCGCCCCCUCCCCGCCCGCCGCCGCCGCCGGCGCCCCCAUGGCGCCCCGGGACCCCCAGGCGCCGGGCCACUAAGGAUCCUCAGCGGCCGCCGCCGCGCCCUGGCCCCGUCGCGCGCGGCGCGUGGACCCCGGCGUCCACGGCGUCCGGCUUUUGAGCUCGCGUCCCCCCCUUUCCUAAGGCCGGCGUGGGGGGGGAGGGGGAGCCAGGGGACCCCGGGAUCCCCGCCCCCCCCACCCGGCCGCCCCUGCCUGCCUCUCCCUCCCCCACCCGGGACCCGGAGGAGAAGAUGUCUUCGCGGACGGCGCUGGCCCCGGGCAACGAUCGGAACUCGGACACUCAUGGCACGUUGGGCAGCGGCCGCUCCUCAGAUAAAGGGCCAUCCUGGUCCAGCCGCUCUCUGGGCGCCCGCUGCCGGAACUCCAUCGCCUCCUGCCCCGAGGAGCAGCCGCAUGUGGGCAACUACCGGCUGCUCAGGACCAUCGGCAAGGGCAACUUCGCCAAGGUCAAGCUGGCCCGGCAUAUCCUCACGGGCCGCGAGGUCGCCAUCAAGAUCAUCGACAAAACCCAGCUGAACCCCAGCAGCCUUCAGAAGCUGUUCCGUGAAGUCCGCAUCAUGAAGGGCCUGAACCACCCCAACAUCGUGAAGCUCUUCGAGGUGAUCGAGACGGAGAAGACGCUGUACUUGGUGAUGGAAUACGCAAGCGCAGGAGAAGUGUUUGACUACCUCGUGUCCCACGGCCGCAUGAAGGAGAAGGAGGCCCGAGCCAAGUUCAGACAGAUUGUCUCAGCUGUGCACUACUGUCACCAGAAAAACAUCGUACACAGGGACCUGAAGGCCGAAAACCUGCUGCUAGACGCCGAAGCCAACAUCAAGAUCGCAGACUUCGGCUUCAGCAAUGAGUUCACGCUGGGCUCGAAGCUGGACACGUUCUGCGGGAGCCCCCCAUAUGCUGCCCCAGAGCUGUUCCAGGGCAAGAAGUACGACGGGCCCGAGGUGGACAUCUGGAGCCUGGGCGUCAUCUUGUACACCCUGGUCAGCGGCUCCCUGCCCUUCGACGGGCACAACCUCAAGGAGCUGCGGGAGCGCGUCCUGCGCGGCAAGUACCGCGUCCCAUUCUACAUGUCCACAGACUGUGAGAGCAUCCUACGCAGAUUCCUGGUGCUGAACCCCGCCAAGCGCUGUACUCUCGAGCAAAUCAUGAAAGACAAAUGGAUCAACAUUGGCUACGAGGGCGAAGAGCUGAAGCCAUACACGGAGCCCGAGGAGGACUUCACUGACACCAAGCGGAUUGAGGUGAUGGUGGGCAUGGGUUACACCCGUGAGGAGAUCCGAGAGGCCUUGACCAGCCAGAAGUACAACGAAGUGACCGCCACCUACCUCCUGCUGGGCAGGAAGACAGAGGAGGGUGGGGACCGGGGCGCCCCAGGGCUGGCCCUGGCACGGGUGCGGGCGCCCAGCGACACCACCAACGGCUCAAGCUCCAGUAAGAGUGCCAGCCACAGCAAGGCCCAGCGCAGCGCCUCGUCCACCUACCACCGCCAGCGUCGGCACAGCGACUUCUGCGGCCCAUCCCCCACCCCCCUGCACCCCAAACGCAGCCCGACCAGUACCGGGGAGACGGAGCUGAAAGAGGAGCGGCUGCCAGGCCGCAAGGCCAGCUGCAGUGCCACUGGGAGUGGCAGUCGGGGGCUGCCGCCCUCCAGCCCCAUGGUCAGCAGCGCCCACAACCCCAACAAGGCUGAGAUCCCCGAGCGACGGAAGGACAGCACAAGCGCCCCUAACAACCUGCCUCCCAGCAUGAUGACCCGCAGGAACACCUAUGUGUGCACCGAGCGCCCGGGGGCCGAGCGCCCGUCCCUGUCGGCAAACGGCAAAGAGAACAGCUCGGGCACCGCGCGGGCACCACCUGCCUCCCCCUCCAGCCAUAGCCUGGCACCCCCUGCUGGUGAGCGGAGCCGCCUGGCCCGCGGCUCCACCAUCCGCAGUACCUUCCACGGUGGCCAGGUCCGGGACAGGCGUACGGGGAGCAGUGGCGGUGGGGGCGUACAGAAUGGACCCCCUGCCUCUCCCACGCUGGCCCACGAGGCUGCACCCCUACCCGCCGGGCGGACCCGCCCAACCACCAACCUCUUCACCAAGCUGACCUCCAAACUGACCCGAAGGGUAACCCUCGAUCCCUCUAAACGGCAGAACUCUAACCGCUGCGUCUCGGGCGCCUCUCUGCCCCAGGGAUCCAAGAUCCGGUCACAGACGAACCUGAGAGAAUCGGGGGACCUGAGGUCGCAAGUUGCCAUCUACCUUGGGAUCAAGCGGAAACCACCCCCCGGCUGCUCCGACUCCCCUGGAGUGUGAAGCUGACCAGCUCACGGCCGCCCGAGGCCUUGAUGGCGGCGCUGCGCCAGGCCACAGCGGCCGCUCGCUGCCGCUGUCGCCAGCCCCAGCCUUUCCUGCUGGCCUGCCUGCACGGGGGUGCUGGCGGGCCCGAGCCCCUGUCCCACUUCGAAGUGGAGGUGUGCCAGCUGCCCCGGCCAGGCCUGCGGGGAGUGCUGUUCCGCCGUGUGGCGGGCACCGCCCUGGCCUUUCGCACGCUCGUCACCCGUAUCUCCAACGACCUGGAGCUCUGAGCCGCCGCAGCCUGGGGUCCCCAUCUUCCUGUGGCGCCCCCUUAUCAUCACCUCAGCUUUCCUGGGACAGAUCUGGGGGCCAGGGUGGGGGCCCCUCUGCUGUGAGGGACAAGGACCAGGGGUGCCGAGCAGAGCAGGCUGGCACCUCCCAGGCGUCUCCAGCUGGACCUGGAUCCCUUGACUUUGGGGAAGACUUGGGGGGCAGGAAGGGAAACUGAGACACUUCCAUUCCUCCCAGCAGCUGGGGAGCAAGGCCUGGGGCCAGGGGCAGGACAAGCUGCUAAGACUAAAAACUGGAAGCCUCGGGCGGGGGGGAACCUGGGAGUGGGGUCAGGCAGCUCCUCCCCUCCCGCUCGGGCUCCCUCCUGCCCCAGGCUGGCGCGGGGCACUUUGUAGAAACCCUUGUAAAUACCCCCGGCCCCUCCACAGACGUCCUGAGGAGCCGUCGCUGUCGCCCCCCCCAGUUUUUAAGUUAUUAUCCCACCCUCUGUCAGCCUCUCACCUGCAGCCUGUCGCCCAAUAAACGUAGGCCAGUCCCCCCCCCAUGCCACCCUUGGGGUCUUCCUUCCCCACCUGCACCUGCCUCAGUUGUCCCAUCUGCAGAGUGGAGGUGAGGGCGCGGGAAGGGAGCAGGUGACGGAGGAGAGGGCAGGACGGAACGCGGGCGCAUCCGCCACUCGAUACACUGGACUUGGCCACUUCUGCCCCAGUAGCGCAUUUACUCAAUAAACACUCAAUGACCA